AUGAAUAGGGCACCCGAUGCUCUCACUUGAGAACAGUGUCAGUGAAAUCGAUUUCAUCACUUGUCAGACAAGCUCACAUGGUUAGAGAGAUGAACUUAGAGGGGGACAGUGGUCUGUCAGUGAGCUGCGGCAACGGGAAACUUAGACAGUGGCUGAUCGACCAGAUUAACAGCAGUAGCUAUCCCGGACUAGUUUGGGAGAAUGGCGAGAAAAGCAUUUUCAGGAUCCCGUGGAAACAUGCGGGCAAACAGGACUACAAUCGUGACGAGGAUGCUGCACUCUUCAAGGCUUGGGCAUUGUUCAAAGGGAAACACAGGGAAGGAGUGGACAAACCAGACCCCCCCACAUGGAAGACUAGACUGCGAUGUGCUCUUAACAAAAGUAAUGACUUUGACGAGCUGGUGGAAAGAAGCCAACUUGAUAUAUCAGACCCUUACAAAGUCUACAGAAUCAUACCGGAGGGAGCUAAGAGAGGGAUCAAGAUGGCAGAGACAACGUUACAUAUGAGCUCAGAGAGCAACUACCCCAUGCACUCUCUGUACCCAACUCUACACAGCCAGGUGUCUGGCAGCUACAUAGUUCCCCAGGAGAGGAAGGAGUGGAAGGAGUACAGCCACACACAGGACCACCAGCAGCAACCUCAGGCUCAGCACCACCAGCCACCCCACGUUGAGCUGCAGUACAGCCAGUGCCACUACCCACCGCCACUCAGCCGACUGUGGCACACCGGGCCACACACAGAUAACGGUUAUCAGUUCACUGGCUCCUUCUAUUCAUACUCCUCCUCAGAGUCCCACCCCACAGCCUUUACAAUGGACCACAACAUGGCCACCCUUUCUGACUUCCGACUGCAUGUGUCCCUGUUCUACCGUGAGGCUUUGGUCAAGAAGGUAACCACCUCUGGUCCUGAAGGCUGCCAGAUCACCUCUUCUUCCUCCUCCUCUUCCUCGUCUUCCUCUCCAUCCUCCCCCUGCCCUGAGGACAAGCUGUACAGCGGUGCAGAAGUGGUGCUGUUCCCGUCCCCUUACCCCGAGUCACAGAGGAGGGGGGCGGAGAAGCUACCCAACGUCCUGGAGAGGGGCGUGCUCCUGUGGAUGGCGUCAGAUGGGCUCUAUGCCAAGCGGCUUUGCCAGAGCCGAGUGUACUGGGAGGGCCCGCUGGCCCCGUACACGGACAAACCCAACAAACUGGAGAAAGAACAGACCUGCAAGCUGUUUGACACUCAGCAGUUCCUCACUGAGCUGCAGGGGUAUGCACAACAUGGCCGUCCCAUGCCCAGGCACCAGGUGGUGCUGUGUUUCGGCGACGAGUACCCAGAUCCCCAACGCCAGACCAAGAUGAUCACAGCACAGGUGGAGCCAAUGUUUGCCAGGGACCUGUUGUACUUCACCCAGCAGAACAGCAGUCACUACCUUAGGGACUAUGAGCUCCAGGGACACACAGAGAGCUCCCCUCCAGCUAUAGGAGACUACCAGAGGACCCUCCAACACAUGCAGGAGUAACACAUACAAACAUGCCUCAGGAGCCAUGGACAUGCAUGUAGGUAGACCAAUGAGCUUAACUUCACAACUACUGUAAUGUAUACAGUAUACUCAGGUCUUGGACUAAAAUGCCUCACUGUGAUUUCAACGUAAAACUGGACUGUGCCUCCAUCAUCCGUGUCAACAGUUUGAGCCAAAGAUGAUCAAAGAUGAAAGUAUCUACCCUAGUUUGUACAGCCUUACAAUUAUGUUUCUAAUCAUCAUUUAUUUGUCUUUUUUUAAACAAUAUGGAAAACUGAUUAAGUAUUUUGAUUUAUAAAUCUUUACAUGGCACUUCUGUUGUAAUAGUUUUGUUUCAAUGUCUAGGUGAAUGUGUUUGAUUGAUUGGUUGAUUUGCAAAACCUGCUCGAGGUAGCUGUAGAUAAUUGAAGUGAUUGGUUUUAGGCUGACACUAGCAUUGGUUCCCACUUGAUCCUUGAUACAUUAUAGCUACAAAGUGUGUGGUGUGUUUAGGCUUAUCACAAGAGAUAGUGUGUUUUCCGGGGACAUCUGUAGGAAACCCACAACACCCCCUAACCUGUGGUAGUGGUGUGGGGGGCGGAGGUAGCCUGCCCCUGUCUCUCUCUCCCCAUCUCUCUCUCUUUCUUUGUCUCCCUCUACAUUUUCUCUCUUGCUAACACUUGUUUUCAACGAGAGAGGGAUGCAUGUGUUUGUGUAGGUUUGUGUGUAUGUGUGUGUGUGUGCGGGCGUGCAUGUGUGUGUCUGCAUGUGAGAUUGUGACAGUGUAUAGGAUGCGGUUUGAGGGGACGAGGACCAAUGUGAAGCAGAGGGCGACUGACAGAAGCAGGAAGCACCAGUCACAGGUGCACAGGAAGUGGAGUAGCCCUCAGGAGAAAGGGAGAAGAGCUUAAUGUGACCCAUUUCCAGAAGCUAGGCAUAUGUUGCACGUCACUACUUCACAGG